GAUCCUUUUAACAACAACAACAACAACAUCUCACAGGUCUCGCUAAGACGGUCCUAAACAAAAACCAAACUGUUUAGGUUUCGUCGUCGACGCGCUCUCAUCAACAAAGUCCCAUACGAAAUUUAACCAAAACUAUAUAUCGAGGGACGAAGCGCGUGACGUUAGAUCGGAGAUCUCACCGAGAUCGCCGGUGAAUUAGGGUUUCUACUUCCUUUGUUCUUGUUAACGUUAUAUGAAAGUUUGGAAUUCAAGAUGACUCAAUCUAUCUGUUCGUCGUCACAAGAUCAAUCUUCUUCUCCUCGCUCUUUGAUCACACCACGCAAAUCGGCGACGAAGUUUCACCGCCGCAGGGGGAGGAGUGUAUUUAACAUGCUGGUUCAGAGGGAAAUGUCACCAAAGGCUAAGUUUGUGCCAAGGAAACGAUGGGGUAAGAGUAGAUGGUAUACUGAUUCUUCAUGCGGAACCAACAACGAGUCUAUGAAAGAGACGGGACAAAGUCUUACCUCAUGGGUUGAGGCAGAGUCAUUGCAGCAUUUAUCUGCAAAAUAUUGUCCUCUUGGAGCUCCUCCAAGGUCAACUAUUGCUGCGGCUUUUAGUACUGAUGGAAGAACUCUUGCUUCUACACAUGGUGAUCAUACUGUGAAGAUUAUUGAUUGUGAAACUGGAAACUGCUUAAAAGUUUUGACUGGCCAUAGGAGGACUCCUUGGGUAGUCAGAUUCCACCCGCAUCAUUCAGAAAUAGUUGCGAGUGGAAGUUUAGAUCUCGAGGUCCGCUUAUGGAAUACCACAACUUCUGAAUGCAUUAGAUCUCAUCUAUUCUAUCGGCCUAUUGCUUCUAUCGCUUUCCAUGCUGAGGGUGAACUACUUGCUGUUGCUUCUGGUCAUAAGCUGCACAUGUGGCACUACAAUAGGAGAGGAGAGGGAUCAUCACCAACUGUUGUAUUGAAGACGAGGCGAUCUUUGAGAGCUGUACACUUUCACCCUCAUGGGGCUCCAUUACUUUUGACCGCAGAGGUGAAUGAGAUUGAUUCAUUAGAUUCUUCAAUGUCUAGAGCAACAUCUAUGGGCUACUUGAGGUAUCCGCCCCCUGCUAUUUUGUUCACAAGCACGGAAAGCAAUCAAACUAGUUUGGCAGCAGAAAAUGAGAACAGAACAUCGUCUCCUCCUCUUCCCUUGGCUACAUCCAGUGGUCCUUCUGGUCCAAAUAGUGUUCCAGGAAAUUCUCCCAGCAACAUAUUUCUUACCCGAGCUGGAGAUAGAACUUCUCCUGCAGUUGAUGGCAUGGAUGUAGAUGAAGCUCAACCUGUUGGAAGAAAUGGAAUCCCUAGCCAAGUUUCAAAUAGAUCAGAUUUCCCUGAGCUUGGACAGAUUCGGCAAUUAUUUCACUUUAGGGAUCGAGUUUCCUGGGAGUUACCUUUUCUACAAGGAUGGUUGAUGGCUCAAGGUCAUGGUGUUGCUAAUCCAGUGGUUACUCCUACUGGCAGUAGUAAUCAUGGCAUCUCAGCUCCAUCCUCAACAGCCAGUCUGGAGGCUGCAGUAGCGUUAUUAGAAAUCCCGAGUGGUGUUAACUUACAUGCGGUGUCUAGAAGAGGCGGGGCUCAGGAACAAACUUCACAACCCCAAUUCUCGAGAACUGGAUUACCGGAAGGUGUAUCUUCUCGUAACACUCAACAUGGAAGUGAUGCUCAACCUGUAGUAAAUAGGGUCCAGUCUGAGCUUGCUACCUCAAUUGCUGCUUCGGCUGCAGCAGCUGCUGCUGCAGAAUUACCUUGUACUGUCAAACUCAGAAUGUGGUCGCAUGACAUCAAAGACCCAUAUGCACAACUGAAAUCCGACAGAUGUCUAUUUACAAUACCGCAUGCCGUCCUUUGCAGUGAAAUGGGAGCUCAUUAUUCGCCAUGUGGGAGAUAUUUAGCGGCCUGUGUUGCGUGUGUUUUUCCUCAUGGUGAGAUAGAUCCUGGACUGCAGACACAAGCUCAACAAGAUUCAGGGCUUGCAACUUCCCCAACUCGACACCCUGUCACAGCACACCAAGUCAUUUACGAGCUUCGUGUGUAUUCUCUCCAGAAGGAAAGUUUUGGUUCAGUACUUGUGUCACGGGCAAUUAGAGCUGCACAUUGCUUGACCUCUAUCCAGUUCUCACCCACUUCGGAGCAUAUACUACUUGCAUAUGGGCGGCGUCAUGGUUCUCUUUUGAGGAGCAUCGUUAGUGAUGGUGAAACAACAUCACAUUUUUUCACAGUAUUGGAGAUAUACAGAGUUUCAGAUAUGGAGCUUGUGAGAGUACUGCCAAGUUCAGAGGAUGAAGUGAACGUUGCGUGUUUUCAUCCUUCUCCUGGAGGAGGUCUUGUUUAUGGGACAAAGGAGGGGAAACUGAGGAUCUUCCAGUACAAUACAGCUGCUACCUCAAACUUCACAGGACCAAACACCUAACCUGAGGUAGCGUAGAAUUAUAAUAAAGAAGGUGCAUUAGAGUGGUAAGCAAGCAAGAAGCAAACAUAGGUUUCAUCGAAUCUUUUCCACUCCUCUUCAUACAGUCUUGUUUAAGGUAAAAAGUUAAAGACAAAGAAAUGUAUAAAGAAAAAAAUGGAAUUGGUUUAAUUUUGGUUUUGAAUCAUGUUAAAAAUAGGGCAAUAGACAUUGUCACACUUCCUCUACAGAUUAACAAAGAAGUCUUAAGUUAUCAAUUUUAUGAUGCUAAAUCAGUUUUAGUAGCGUUCAAGCUUGCUUCUCUUCACUCUUCUCUCUCUAUCUCUGCUACAAUUGCAAUUCAUAAUAUGAGAUUUUGAUGUACAUACUAUAUGUUUGGUGCAACCACUUGACACACUAUUUUUUUAUGUAAUGAGAGGUUCAAUU